AUUUGCAGCGCCGAACGCAUCCCCCGGCGUCCCGGGGGGGAGGAGGGGGUAAGACAACGGAGGAGAGGUGGCUGAGCGGCGGACACCGACCAUCACACAGCUGGCGGCACGUGCGCACAACAACGGACUCUGCAGCAAGACAAUCAUGGCAGUGAAUAUCCCUGGACUGGUGGCUGUGGUGGUUUUUUAUAUGGUCAUCCUGAUAAUUGGGGUCUGGGCAUCUCGAAAAUCCAAGAAAGUGGAGAAGACAUGUACCGGAAGCAAGAGCGAAAUAACCAUGGUCGGCGGCCGCAACAUCAAUGUCCUAGUCGGGGUAUUCACUAUGACAGCAACUUGGGUUGGUGGAGGUUAUAUUAUGGGAACGGCUGAGGCUGUUUACGCUCCCACUCGCGGUGUCGUAUGGGCUCUGGGGCCCCCUGCCUAUCUUCUAAGUUUUCUUUUGGCUGGACUGUUUUUUGCGAAACCUAUGAGGUCAAAGCGCUACGUGACGAUGUUGGACCCGUUUCAGCAUCACUAUGGCAACACGUUCACCGCAGUACUACUGCUUCCUGCUUUGGCCAGUGAUAUUUUGUGGGUUGCCUGCAUCCUCGCUGCUCUGGGAGGAACGAUGAGCAUGAUUCUCGGGUUGUCGUCUGCCCUCUCCGUUGUUAUCUCGGCCGCUGUCUCCAUCACCUAUACAUUUUUAGGGGGUCUCUACUCGGUUGCCUAUACUGAUAUCAUCCAGCUUUCCUUCAUCUUUGUCAGCAUGUGGCUCUGUAUUCCUUUUCUGAUGCUCAGUCCCGCAGUUGCUGACCUCUCUCAAUCAACCCAACUCAACCAAACAAACAGCAACUCAUGGAUGGGAAAGGUGGAGCUGGCAGAUGCAGGAAUAUGGGCAGACGAGUUCCUGCUAAUGGUUUUAGGGGGACUGGCCUAUCAAGCUCUGUACCAGAGAAUCCUCUCUGCAGCCUCCUCUUCUCAGGCGCAGGUCACCUGCUUCGCUGCUGCUGGGACAACUUUUAUUAUGGGAAUCCCCUCUGUGAUCAUAGGAGGAGUGGCAGCCUCUGCAGACUGGAACGAGACAGCGUACGGUCUACCCCCUCCUUUCGAACGAGGGGAGGCAGCGAAGAUCCUGCCACUGGCCCUGAACUACCUCACACCCACCUGGGUAUCAGUGUUAGGCAUUGGUUCUGUGGCGGCAGCGGUCAUGUCCUCCAUGGACUCUGUGCUUCUUUCCUCAGCAUCCAUGUUUACACAAAACAUUUACAAGACGACUUUGAGGAAGCAGGCCUCUGAGCGGGAGCUGCAGUGGGUGAUCCGUGCUAGUGUGCUGCUGGUGGGCCUGGCAGGAACAGGCCUGGCCUUUGGAGAUGAAAGUGUCUUCACCUUCUGGGUGUUGAGCGGGGACCUCGUCUACUGCAUAAUCUUCCCGCAGCUCGUCUGCGUGCUGCACUUCCGCCAUGCAAAUACCUACGGUGCCAUCUGCGGCUACGUAGUCGGGAUGCUGCUGCGUGUGCUGAGCGGGGAGCAAUUGCUCAGAAUCCCUGCUCUUAUCCUGUACCCUGGCUGGACUGAGGAGGACGGCACGGUCACGCAGCACUUUCCCUUCAGAUCCCUGGCUAUGCUUUCGUCUCUGAUAUGUAUUAUUGCAGUGUCCUUGCUGCUGAAGCUAGGCUUCUGUCACCAACUAAUUCCUCAGUCCUGGGAUCUACUGGGGGUUUUUGAGGAGAAAAAAGAAGCAGAGGUGGAGGAAGUACCUGUUCCAGGGGAGGAUAUGAACAAUAUCCUUAAAACCAAAUUAUAGGCUUAACUUCAGUACAACUUCGACCAAAGUAUCCCGAAGCCUCUUUUUAUACAAAUUCCUACCAAACAUGUUCACAUUUGUUUUGAUACUGAUAUACUGAGAUAUAUAUCUAUAUAUAUAUCCAACUCUGACAAGUAUUAUAUGCUUUACAUGCUGACAGAAAAUUUCAUGAAGGGGGAGUUGGCAUUUCAACGUCCAGCACCCACAUUGUUUAAAAAGCAAGUGCCCAUGGGCAUGAGGUGUGUUCAGGCACAUUGUUUGUGCAAUGCUACGUUGAAACAAUGGAAAGCAAUUGCACUUUUAUUUGACAAAAACCUCGUCUGAGGUAUGGUGCAAUAUUUCACUAUAACUUUAAAGGCACAUGGCAGGAUCACACACCCACACAGGUGGUUGUACAACACGUGUACCCUUUGUUUGUUAGACCAUCAUACCAUUUUCUGUCCAUUUAAAUGUCUCUUACUAUCACUCCCACCACGAAAUACACCACACCAUAGUUAUUCUGUUACUGAUGCUAUUUAUUUGUCUCAUCUCCCAACAACAUCAUCGUAAAACUCUACCCAGAUUGUUUUUCAAUUUGCGAACUCAUUCACCACAUCAAGCAUAAUUUCUACUGAGCAGGAUUUCCUCCUAUUUAAUCAACACGUGGAAUCAAACUGCCUGUUGGGAGAAGUGAUGUUAAUUUUCGUUUUUAAGGGGUCUUUGUUGAAUUAUGCUUAUUUUUUUGGAUGUUUUGUGAUUGAAAGUGUUCAUAAAAAAUGUCUCUGACCUUUGAA